AUGGCGGUCUCAGCUUUCCGUGGCACGCGGUUACCAUUUCUCCACCAAUCUCAGUUUCCCAUCACGAGAAAUGUAUCAGGAAGGUCUAAGAAGAUGAUCCAAGGCAGAAAUUCGAAGGGUUUUGUUCUCUCGGCUCAGUAUUCGCAAGCCCAGGACCUUUUCACUUCUCGCCUUCAAAGCAGGAUAGAGAACUUACCAAAACUAGUGGAGGAUAUAGUUCAGACAUCGAUAAACACAGGUCCACGCGGUGCGUUACGCCUUGUCCAAGGCGUCCAGGCCUUUGUUGGGGUUGGAGGAGAGUGGCUAAAUGAUGUCUCUAAGUCGGUGCAGUCGACAAGUGUGUCUGGUGGAUUACCAACUGAAAUGCAGCUUGGUCUACUUUCCCCUCUGUACUUGAGGAAACUCUUUGAACGCAUGGGAGCUACUUACAUUAAGCUGGGCCAGUUUAUAGCAUCUGCGCCAACUUUGUUCCCAGCAGAAUACGUUACAGAGUUUCAGAACUGCUUUGACAAAGCUCCUCCUGUGCCGUUUGAAGAGAUUCGUAAAAUCUUGCAAGAGGAGCUUGGGAGACCCAUAGAUACCGUAUACGAAUAUGUUGAUCCUACACCAAUUGCAUCAGCCUCAAUAGCACAAGUCCAUGGUGCAAGGCUUAGAGGCUCACAAGAGGAUGUAGUGAUUAAGGUCUUGAAGCCUGGAAUUGAAGAUUUCUUAGUGGCAGAUUUGAACUUUAUCUACGUUGUUGCCCGUAUAUUUGAGUUCCUUAGUCCUGAGUUCAGCCGUACUUCGCUGGUUGGUAUUGUCAAAGACAUUCGUGAGUCAAUGCUUGAAGAAGUAGAUUUCAAUAAGGAGGCUAACAACAUUGAGUCAUUUAAGAGAUAUCUUGAAACCAUGGGGUUGUCAGGACAAGCUACUGCUCCAAGAGUGUAUAAGCACUGCAGUAGCCGGCGGGUACUUACAAUGGAGAGGCUAUAUGGAGUUCCUCUUACUGAUCUUGACUCCAUAAGAUCACUUGUUUCCAGUCCAGAAAACAGCCUUAUCACGGCCCUUAAUGUGUGGUUUGGAAGUUUACUUUCUUGUGAAAGUUUCCAUGCUGAUGUACAUGCAGGGAACUUAUGGCUGUUGCGUGAUGGCCGGAUUGGGUUUCUUGAUUUUGGCAUUGUUGGUCGGAUAUCACCCAAAACAUGGGCUGCUAUGGAAAUAUUCUUAGCGUCCAUCGCAACGGAAGAAUAUGAAUCCAUGGCCUCAGCUUUGAUUCAAAUGGGUGCCACAAACAGAGAUGUUGAUGCCAACGCUUUUGCAAGAGACUUGGAAAAGAUGUUCUCUUCUAUCCAGGAACUAGAUACAGAGAUAGUAGUGGCUACAGCUCGUGGAACAAAUUCAGACGCAACGGCUGUUGCUGCUAACGUAGUUGUGGAUGAGAGACAGAUGAAUGCUCUGUUCCUAGACCUGGUGCGUGUUAGCGAAUCAUAUGGGCUCAAGUUCCCGAGAGAGUUUGCACUUCUGAUGAAGCAGCUUCUGUAUUUUGAUCGGUACACGAGACUAUUAGCCCCAAACCUGAACAUGCUGCAGGAUCAGCGGAUCUCUGUCGUGUCCAACAGGAGGACGAAUCCAUACAAGGACAGCUUCAACUAA